UACUCUAUUCUCCAUAUCUCCCUCCCUGAUCACUACUACUACUCUCUAAUUCCCUAUCAUCAAACUUAUUUAUACAUAUACAUACAUAUAUAUAUAUUAGUUGUCCAUUUCCAGAUUUUCUUUGUGAACGUGUCCUUCUCUACUGUGUACUAUACACUAUGGAUAGCAACCCUCCUCCUGCGAGCUUGCCUCAACAAGAACAAUCUUCUGCUUCUUCUCCUUCUGCUUUGCAAGUGCCUUCGUCUCACGAGUCGUCUUCGUCUCCGAGGACGCUGAGAUCACCGGGUGGAUCGUCGUCGGGUCAGCACACCAGCAGGAGGCACGCCACGUUCCGGGGAAUCCGGAGCCGAAGUGGAAAAUGGGUGUCCGAGAUACGGGAGCCUCGUAAAACCACGCGCAUUUGGCUGGGCACGUAUCCGACUCCGGAGAUGGCUGCCGCCGCGUAUGAUGUCGCCGCACUUGCAUUGAAAGGCCCUGACACCACCCUCAACUUCCCCAAUUUGAUUCUCUCCUACCCGAUCCCGGCGUCAUUGUCUGCGACGGAUAUUCGGGCGGCAGCGUCGGCAGCUGCAGAGGCCAGGCUGGUCAGGUCUGCGGAAACCGUCGGACAAAGCGCUGGAGGAGGAGGAGGAGGAGGAGGAGGCCAAGCCGAGGGCGGGAACAGGCCCGGCGGAGAAGUGAUGGAGAAAAACGAGGAAUUUAUCGAUGAGGACGAGCUAUUGAAUAUGCCUAGUUUGCUGGAUGAUAUGGCGAGGGGAAUGCAGGUGAGUCCGCCGAGGAUGAAGUCACCGUACGCUUCCGAUGAUUCGCCGAGGAAUUCAGAUCAUGGAGAUAGCCUCUGGAGUUUUUGAACCCAUUUGGGGGCUUCAGACAAUCAACUAAAGAUUCUUGAUUACAUAUAUAUAUAUAACUUGCUAUGAGUAAUAAUUUUGUUGUAUUUUGGCUGAUUUUCGCCCGCGUGUUCUUCAUCAUUUUUUUCCACUGCACAGAUCGUUGCCUGGCUGGCU